GUUCUCUGCACCUACUGAUCGACGUCAUCCUCUGCCGUUCCCCCCAAAAAACGUCUCGCCUCGCAUUGAGAGGUUCAACCACCAUGGGUGUUCUGCUACAUCGUCGAGAUUGCCAUGGAUACGGAGAUAAUUACUAUUGCGAUAGUAAUAGCUGGUAUGACUGGGGUCGCUGGAUCGCCUUCGCUGUCAUCGUCGGAGUAGCUCUGGUUGUCUUCUUUCUUUUCGCUUGCUUUAAUGCUCGCCGUCGGCGCAGACAAGGCCUUCGUCCUCAUCCCGGCACCGCAUGGCUCGCAGGUCCUCCUCCAACCUUCCAGCAAUCACAACAACAGCAACAGCCCGGACAACCGUACUACGCAGACCCUUAUUACCAACCCGCCCCUCCGCCCCAAUAUUCUCCUCAUCCGCAAUAUGGCUACUUCGGAGGCCAGCCGCAGCAAACGGGCAUUGAACUGCAAACGCCCCCGAAUGCCUACCACAACGGUGGCGAACGUGUAUAUCAACCACCGCCGGGCCCACCUCCGGCCUCCAAGGUCUAAACGCUUAAUUCAUCUCUCUCCGUGAAACAUGAGCACUAUGUCUCUCCUCAAAGAUUCCCUCGAUCGGUCGUCAUGAAAAUCGUCCGGUCGGCUAGCAAACCCCAUUUUACUGAGGCUUGUACGACAUGAGGAGGAGGCGUUAUGAGGGGGAUAUUUGAUGGGAAUUAUGAGUUUUUUUUUUUCCCUGUGUUAUUGUCUAAUCGUUUUUUAAUGACUGCGUCGGGGUGUUGGUCCACGGUUGCUUUUACUCGAU